CAUUUAUUAUCAGAGCUCUUGCUUUCUUGUCACUUGCCAAUCGAGUUUCUGUAAAAACGUCCAGUAUGUAGCAAACAAUUGGGUUUAUCCUGCGAAAUACCAUUUCUAGUCGUAACAAUGACGGCACCCGGUAAGCCCAGUGCAAUAAAACCUAGUUUAAAGUCGCGUAGUGAAAAACAUUUGAAUUUGCUCACAUACGUGCUGAUCUCGGUGGUGAUAUUUGGUGGUGUCUCGUUUUUGUGGGACUUCUUCGGCAAGUCAGCAGGGCAAGAUGAGAAUUUCAGGGAAAAGAUUUCUCUGUCGCUGGCCAACAUUCCACAGAUUACGCUGGAGGAAGAUGCUGAGCUGGCGCGUGGCAGGAAUCCGAACUGCACCUUCUGGGAUUGUUUGAAUGUGUACCGAUGUGGCCAGAGGGAGCAGGACCGGAUCACAAUCUACGUGUAUCCGAUCAAGGAGUUCGCUGACCCCGAGGGGAAUCAGGCCUUCACCCUGACUCGGGAGUACCAUGAAAUCCUUCAGACGAUUGUCGAUAGUCCGUACUACACCCCGAAUCCGAAUGAGGCGUGUAUUUUUGUGCCAAGCAUCGACACGCUGAACCAGGACUUAUUCGAUACGAAUCUGGUAAGCAAAGCACUGGCCUCCCUGAACUACUGGGAAAACGGGGAGAAUCAUUUGAUUUUCAAUAUGAUCCCCGGAGCACAUCCGAACUACAAUCGAGUGCUAGAUGUGAACACUGACAAAGCGUUGAUUGCAGGGGGCGGGUUUGACUCGUGGACCUACAGACCUUCAUUCGACAUUGCACUGCCCGUGUGGAGCCCCGCUUUACGGGAUUUGAAACUCUCUAAAGAAAAAUCUGCUCGGAAAUAUCUACUAAUAUCGCCUCAGCUCAAUUUAUACCACCCCGAACACAUUCGCCGCCUAAAGGACAAAACUGCAAGUCAGACCAGCAUUCUCGUUCUCGACCUGUGUCCUGCGCCUACUCUUUCGCCAAAUGAUAAGUUCUUUGAAGAGAAAGACAUUCGCUGCAGUUAUCCCCACGGAGAUGAGUUUGAGUACCCGAAGGUGCUGGAACGGGGUACUUUCUGCCUAAUUGGACGGAGUGUGCGGUUAGGGCAACCUCAUUUCCUUGAGGCCCUUGCAUUCGGCUGCAUUCCGGUUGUAAUGAUCGACAACUAUGUCCUUCCGUUCGAGGAUAUCAUUGAUUGGAGUUUAGCGUCGAUCCGUGUGCGCGAAGCUGAUGCCCAUUCAUUGCUGGACCGCUUGCAUGGCGUGUCUGAAACGAAAAUCGAAGAACUUCGGAAGCAAGGAUCGUGGUUAUACAACAAAUACUUCAAUAGCAUGGAGACCAUCACACUCACCACGCUAGAGCUGUUAAACGAUCGAGUUUUUCCUCACUUGGCGAAAAAUUCGCUAGAAUGGAACGUAAAGGAAACACCGCAUGCGGCUCAGAAUCCUCUCUUCCUGCCUUUCAUUGCGCCGAAGUCACAAGGGUUCACGGCUGUGAUCCUGACCUAUGACCGCAUCGAAAGUCUAUUCACGCUCAUCCAAAAGUUGUCUGCGGUUCCGUCCCUACAGAAAAUUCUCGUGAUUUGGAACAACCAGAAAAAGCCCCCUCCGCAUCCCUCUAUGUUCCCUAAAAUUUCGAAACCCUUGAAAGUUAUCCAGACACGAGCGAAUAAACUUUCCAAUCGUUUCUAUCCGUAUGACGAGAUCGAAACGGAAGCGAUUCUAACAAUUGAUGACGACAUUGUGAUGUUGACUGCAGACGAACUGGACUUUGGCUACGAAGUGUGGCGAGAGUUCCCCGACCGCAUUGUUGGAUUCCCUAGUCGCACUCACGUCUGGGAUAACUCGACGAACCGAUGGAGGUACGAAUCGGAGUGGACGAAUCAAAUCUCCAUGGUCCUGACAGGGGCCGCGUUCCACCACAAGUUCUGGAGCUACAUGUACACCAAUGCAAUGCCAGGCGACAUAAAAGAUUGGGUCGACGAUCACAUGAACUGUGAGGACAUCGCCAUGAACUUCCUGGUCGCAAACAUUACUAACAAACCCCCGAUCAAGGUAGCUCCACGCAAAAAAUUCAAGUGUCCCGAAUGCAUAAAUACGGAAAUGCUCUCUGCUGACGCGAAUCACAUGAUGGAGCGCACGGCGUGUAUAAAUCGCUUCGCACAAAUCUACGGGGUGAUGCCAUUGAAAUCUGUCGAAUUCCGCGCCGACCCGGUCCUGUACAAGGACAAUAUCCCGGAGAAGUUGAAACGAUUCAACGAUGUUGGCAGCCUGCGUUAGUAGGACUUUGUUUUAAGCAAGAAACGUUUAUACUCGUAGUGUUAGCGGUGAUCAUUAUGUUUAUUGUUCAUAUUGAAGUAAGUUUUAUUUAUUUGACCCUAACUUCUGCUAGUGGUUCCAUCGUUCGCUUUAAUGAUUGUAAUAAAUUCGGAAAUAAAUGUAGUUUCAAAACGA